AUGUCCGACUCGAAGAAGAAGCUGGCUCUGGCCAUCAUCGAUUUCCUCAACACCUCCCUCAAGGAUGGUACCUUGCAGGCUGACGACUCCGAAUCCAUUGAGAUCGCAACUUCAUGCAUUGCCGAAGCUUUCCACGUCGACCCUACUGACAAGACUGCCAUGAACCAAGCUCUUGGUGGACAAAACUUGCUCAGCAUCUACGGCGUAUACGAGAAGCUCAAGGGCAAGAGCACAGCUAGCACCGAAGGUUCUAGCAGCGCUAACGAGGCUCGUCCUUCCACCCCCACUGGUUCCUCCAAGGGCGCCAACGAGAAGUCUAAUGCUCCCACUCCCGAGUCUGAAUCGCUCAAGGCUCAGGGCAAUGCUGCCAUGCAGAAGAAGGACUACGCUACCGCUAUCGACUUCUACACCAAGGCCCUCGAGAUCGCCCCCCUGAACACCAUCUACCUCUCCAACCGCGCUGCCGCCUACUCGGGUGCUGGCCAACACGAACUAGCAAAGAACGAUGCAGAGCUUGCCACUGCUGCCGACCCCAAGUACACUAAGGCCUGGAGCAGACUCGGUCUCGCACGUUUCGCUCUCGGAGACGCUCAGGGAAGCAUGGAGGCAUACAAGGCUGGUAUCGAUGCUGAGGGUAAUGGAGGUAGCGACGCCAUGAAGCGCGGUUACGAGACUGCCAGAAGAAGAGUUGAGGAGGAGGGUGGUCUGACCGGCGAAUCUUCCCGCGGCGCCCCUGGCGGUGGUGCCGGAGGUAUGCCCGACCUUUCAUCCCUUGCUGGCAUGUUCGGCGGCGGCGGUGCAGGUGGUGCAGGUGGUGCUGGCGGCCAGGGCGGCAUGCCCGACUUUGCCAGUCUCAUGCAGAACCCCAUGAUGCAGCAAAUGGCUCAGAACCUCAUGAAGGACCCCAACAUGAUGAACAACCUGAUGAGCAACCCUCGCGUUAGAGAGAUGGCUGAGAGAUUCGGUGGUGGUGGUGCUGGCGGCGCUGGUGGCCAGGGCGGCAUGCCCGACUUCUCCAGCUUGAUGAACGACCCCAGCAUUGCUGAGAUGGCAAAGAACUUCAUGGGAGGUGCUGGUGGCGCUGGUGGCGCUGGCCGUGGUGGCAGAUAA